AGAAGGCCUUGUGUGUGGGCUGCAAUUACCCAAGCAAGGCUUUCGGCCUCGCGGGUGCCGUGAACGAUGCCUUCCUCAUCGCGGGUUGCCUGCAGGAGCACAUGGGCUUCGAUCCAGGCAACGUGUGCGUCCUGCACGACAUCUACCCUGGGCAGAAGAAGUCAGUGAAGGUGGAGCCCGCCAGGUGCCCAACGAGAGCCGUCAUCCUACAGCAGCUGCAGUGGCUGGUGAGGGGCGCGCGUCCUGGCGACGUGCUGUUCUUUUCCUUCUCCGGCUAUGGGCUGCAGGUUGACGACCUCGAAGGGUAUGAGGAUGAGGGCUACGAGGAGGCUAUAUUGCCCACGGACUUUGUCGACGGCUGCGACGGGGACUACUCAGUGGUGACCAACAGCGACAUUCAUGAUAUCCUCAUGAGCAUCCCCCCGGACUGCAGCGCAACAGUGCUGAUGGAUUGCGACCAUGCGACCUCUGUCAUUGAUGUCACAGGGACUCUGGAUGGCCAGCUGGUCAACGGCCUGAAGUUCCAGAAUUUCUGCG